ACUAUCGAGGAUUCGUAGUUGUUUUUAUUUAAAGAAAUUAAUUUAAAACAUUGAAAACUCCUAAUCUCUCGUUCCAAUGUCUUCAAUCGUCCAAAACUUAUAGUAAACAUUUGCUUGGAGUAAAGUGACAUACAUAUGUAUACGUAUGCAACGUAACCGAUUGAGAACUUCCUGCUAAAGCCAACCAAUUGUAAAGCUCUGUGUUAUGCUGUAUCAAUUUGUACUUCUCAACUGGAAAGCUCCCAUUUCUUAUGAGUGUGUGAAUUGGUUCUUCUUCCUCUUAAUCCUAUCGACUUCAUGUCUGACCAGAGCUAAAUGCCAGGUGUAAAUUGGUUCAAAACGUUGUUCCGAUGUUUACAAUUGUGUGCGUUCUAAUUCCGCUUCCACUGCGUACUCAAUAACAGUAGUACAUAAAAUGGCGAAAGGAAGUACUGGUUUAAAACAUCGAGCCAAUACUUAUGAAGAAAAUACAAAUUACUUACGUGAGUUAACAGCUCGAAAUGAGUUGGACAGUAGAAGCCCAGAAGAGUUUAACAGAUUAUUUGUUAAACUCAAUGCAAAAAAUGCAGAAAAACUUACCAAACACAUGAGGACGUCUGUUAUGAGUUGGCAUAAUAAAACUGGAGCAGAGAGAUUAUACGGUCCUAUCCCAGGAUUCCCACCAGGUUCUUGGUGGGGAAUUCGUAUGGAUUGUUCCAGGGAUCGCGUACACGAUCCAUUCAGUGCUACUAUUCAAGAAGGACCAGUUGGAGCAAUAUCUAUCUGUAUUUCUCAUUCAAACGAGGAUGUAGAUGUGGACAAUGGUGAUACACUGACAUUCACCGGGGCAGAGUAUGGCCAAAAAGAAUCACAGAAUGACUCCCUCAUUCUGAGUUACCAAAAUCAAAUACCUAUCCGCAUAGUUAGGGGAUACAGUUUAUCAAACAAAUUUGCACCUAAGACAGGAUACAGAUAUGAUGGCUUGUACAUGGUGGUAGCUCACUGGUUAGGUACAUCCACGGAUUCUAAAGAAGUUCAUAAGUUCGCGUUAAAACGUAUAUCCAAUCAGGAACCUUCUCCUUGGAAGAAUCGUUUCUCACCGACAUCACGACGUUCUCUUCCUGAUAUCUCAAAACGAUCCGAAGCUACCCCAAAAAGUUCAAAGAAAAUAUUGACCCGAAGCGUAUACAGUAUAUCAGAAUCUACAAUGCCUGAACCAAAAAGAGGGAUGUGCAGCGUAGCAGAAAAACGUAAAAUCAAUUAUGAGAAAGAUUCUGCUGUCUCGUCUAGCACAGAAAACGUCUGUUCUAUUACACCAGCGAAAAUCGUCUCCGACGACCAUAGGAACGUGCACGAGAGUAUUAUCGUCUCUCGACGAGUUUCCAAAAAAUUGGGCAACAGCACAGAUUUAACAAUGGAAUCAGGUUCUUCCGUUGUAUCCAGCAACGAUUCGUUAGUAUCCAACGCCAAUGCCAGUUACGAUCUUACAUCAAAGGCUGCCUCAUCGAAAUUGCAAAAUACCAACAUAUCAAUUCGUACGGAUCUUUACGACUCCUCUCACAAUUUGCAGCAAGAUACAAAGAAAGUCGCUUCCACAUUUUGCAGAGUCUUCAAGCCAGCCGCUAUGUGCAGACGAGUUGAUACUUAUACGGAUAGUGAAAGUGCAUCUUCCUAUUCUGAGAAAGUAGACGCGUACGUUAGGCUCGAUAUCUUAAGAUUGCCUAAAAAGUCGAAUUCUAUUGAUCAAGAAAAAACAAGUGAAAGAGAAGAUAGUAAACAAACGGCAUUAAAAGUAGCAGAUUCUUCCACGCAAAAUACCGUUCCGAAAACUUUGCGCACAAAAGAGAGUACUCAGCAGACCGAACUUGUUUUGCGUGCUUCAUCUAUGGAGUGCUCCGGGGAAAUAACAGAUGUAUCCGAUGACGAAGAAUUCCCAUCUGAUGCGAUUGCUUCGAGUACAAUGACGAAACAGAUUCCCAAGCGUGGGAAUAUUCAUACGGAUUCAAAUGAGGAAAUGUUGAGCGUUGUCAAUACAAAUUUGAAUGACGUUACAACAGUUCAAUACAAUAUGAAGAAUACAUAUCGGAUAGAGCAUUCAUAUGCGAAACCAUCUUAUAGACAAAUAUGUGAUGUUAUUGGAGCUCUGCCUGAGAACGUAUCAGUAGAAAGAGUUAAAAGAAUAAUGCUACCAUCUGACAGAAUAUCUGAAAGAAUGUCCAGUCCAAAAAGGAGGAGCAUAGAGAGUCCAACAUCCUCAAGAAAUUCUCAAGUGUCGAUGGAUGAAGCAUCAAAAAAUUUUGAAUCCAUAGAAUCUUUAACCCCAGAUAAAAUAUUGAAUCUUAUAGUGAAAGAAAAAUAUCACCCAAUGGCAAAAUUAUUAAUUGGAAGUAUGAUUGGCGUGGGUACCGGUGAGACAGCUAUCUUAAAAGCGUAUGACGCGUUAAUAUCUCAAAAUUGUAAAACUGCAAAUGACAGUAGUUCCGCUACGGACAAAACUGUAUCAAAAACUAUACAAAGACUUUCCGAACGUGUAAUUAAUAAGAAAGUUGCUAAAAAUUUAAAUUAUCAUCAAGAAAUGAGUGAGUUCGAAUCAUCAGAUUUAUCAGUCGGACAAAGAACGCGUAGAUUAACACGUCAUUACAAAAGCGAUCUUGAUAAUAGUACACGUAGAAUAUUGAGACGUAAAAUACACGAUACUCUUGAGAUUAACGAUAAACGUUCAUUGACUAGAAAAAAGAACAACACUAGAUUGCGCAUAAUACGUGGUACGCCAUUCCAGUCUGACACAAGAGGAAGAUUUCGUGCCAUAAGGCAGAAUAUUGACAGAACAAGACACAACGUGCGCGAGCGUGAUUCUAAAGCUGAAGUAGAAAGAGAUAAGAGGAUUCUCCGUACUGAAUUACCAGGAAGUGUGCCAAACUUCGAAGUGAUUCGUGAAGAUCGUUUACGAGAAUCAGAUCGCAUCUCACAAAUCCGACUGAGGAACAUUCGUUCUAAUGAAGGUACAGCAACAUCUUCGAGGAGCCAGAAUAUCCUGUUGACCAAGACAGCACCUAGUGUUGGUGGAAAUAAGAAACGGAAACCAAUGCGAAGGAAGCGAAGAGGUGAGAUAGCGAAUUUAGUGAUAGACGCAAAUAUCAGUCCUAAAAUUAGGGGCCCUAGAACCAGAAGACUGAGACUUAUAAGUACUAGGACCCGACCUAACGAUAAGCCAGUAAAUGCUAAAAGUUGUACAGGGAGACCCAAUAAGGUCAGUGUAGAGCAGAAGAGGGUAAUGAGAUCGGAUCCGCUAAGUAGAAGUAAACGUACGAAUGGUGGUAACACGAAUACCAGAAGGAUGCAGCAUCGCAAUAUGGAGCGAAAGAGAUUGAUAGAUAGAAAGCUUAAAAAGGUACGUAGGACAAGAGUAGAGCAGUCUAAGUCACAGAGUACAAGGAAUAUGGAGAUGGGAAGAUUGUUGAGGAGCAGAAGGGACACGAGGAGCUCUCAGAAUUCUAUAAGAAAAGAAUCAUCUGUGCGACAAACUACAAAGUCACCGGAUCGGAGUAAUGAGAAAAGUACAAAGCCAAAAAUGGUUAACGCCACUACACAGUGUUCUCUACUGUGUCAUCCGACUAUGGACUUCUCACUCCAGGUUGACACCACUACCGUCGUGGACGAGCCAGAUUCCCAAAAUGUACAAGAGGGCCAAGAGACUGUAAAAAUAGAAAUAAUAGACUUGGAGGAAGUGAAAUCUGAAACCUACGAAGAAGACGCUACGUAUGACGAGGAUACCCAUUACACAGAUGAUCGUGUGUGCGCGUUGGAUGUAGCGCAAACCUCUUAUCCCGGUAUAUCAUCCCAGAUUGGCAGUACUGCACCGGCUGUAUCGCAUCAAUUGAAUCCAGAUUGUCAGUCACCGGAAAGUGCAGAAGUCAUUAGUAAUCAGGCUGGUAUAAGUGAAAAGCUUUUGCAGCAUAUAUGUGACAGACCAUCAGCAUUUGUUGCAGUGAAUUCAGAGGAUGUCAGCAUGAAAAUUGCCAGGUUAAAGUCGAUUGGAUUCCGACCAAUAAACACAAGCUUGUCACCAGUCAGUGAUCGAUAUACAAAUACUUCCAGCAAUUAUCAUCCAACUGACAGUCCCCAAUUAGCCAGCAACAGUGCAGUAGCUAAAAGAGCUGUAAACGAGGAGUACGAGAAGUAUACCAGCGAGGAGAAUAAUGUGGUGGGUUAUAUGGAUGAGGAACUGUGCUAUCAGGACAUAGAGGAUGAGGAUGACUGUCGCGCUUUGAAACGUGCUUUGAUUGAAGAAGUAACAACAACAAAAAUGGAAACUGUUGAGGUACCGGUGAAAAGAGUUAAAGAGUCUUCUGAUGAAUCUGAAUUUGAGGAAAGUACACGCUGGGAAUCACGAUCAAAAAAUACUCGGUUGCGGAAACGAAAAGGAAAGUCAGAUGUUUUACCAUCCGAAGAGGAUCCCGAUGCACCUUGGCAUGGCUGGAGAAAAAUUAUAAGUAACGAACAAACGCAGUGGGUUGGCUGGUAGUGGACUAUAUAUAUAUAUAUAUUUUUAGAGAAAGCUUUUACUACUUUUUCUCUUGUUCUUCUCAAACUUUACGGAAUGGAAAAAUCUCAUCGAUAACAAACAAAUAUUAUCAUUGUUGGUAACGAUUGUUUAAAAUAAGAGAUUUUUAUAUUACAACUA